AUGUACCGCGGUUCAUAUUCGAAUCGAGGCGCCCGGCGCGGUGGCCGUGGCGGCAAUCGUGGUGGUUUCCGCAAUGCCUCCCAUGGCAACCACAACCGCAACCUUACCGGCGUCGCAAAUCGCUCUGGCACCUCGAUCUUUGAUGAGCGUCAGCGCCCCAAGGCCGCCCUCAUUAACGGAGGUCACUUCAACCCUUCCGCUACUGGCUACGACCGUAGCCGGAUGAGCACCAUCAACAGCGGCGAGAAAAAGCCGGAUGGCGUCUCCUUCGCCAUCGUCCACGUCCAGAAUCAGCCCCAAUGGAUGGACAAGAACAUCAUCUACGUUAAAUCGAACCUCCAUCUACUGCCAGAAUAUUCCGAGAAGAAGUCUCUCGUUCUUGAGAACCACAAGGAAAUGGGCCAGGAGGAGUUGAUGGAGCGCAUCACCGCCGAGCUGACUCAGUCCAUCAAGUUUAACCGCUAUGGCGUCGAGGACGGCCCGGACGUGGAGAUCUUUGACGCAGAGGGUCAUAUUGUCUCUCUGGUUCUCCCGGGUGACUGGAUGCCCGUGAGCCACGAGCCUCCCCAGUUCGCCAGCGUCAACACCCCCAGUAUCAAGUACACCCCCGUCUCUGUCGACCCCAUCGCCGUCUUUGCAGGCUAUAGAAACGAUUCAAACUCGACCGGAUUCAAGUUUGUCGCUUGGUUUCUCGUUGAGGAGAUCGAGCUUUUUGCCGCCAACUCGCUCGACUUGGCCCGCAAGAUGCAUGACAAGAAGUGGGACGGUGAUAUUGGCCACGAGUGGGCUGCUGUCAAGUUGAUGAGAGUUGAAAAAGGUGACCCAGAGUGGCGCCCGGUCCCCGACAUCAGACGUCGUCCCGCCGCGUCACAGGCUUCGGAUUCGACGAAGACCGCCGAUGAGGUGCUCCAGCUAAGCACCGAGGAUGUUAUUGAGAUUCUUGCCAGCGUCACCGCAAUGAUCGACACCGAAAAUAAAGAUAAUAACCCUGUUCAGGACGGGGACAAGUUUGAUCGGGCUGAAACGGGUCAACCCCUGGACGAGGCCCCGGAGCACAAGUCUGAAUCUAAGGAGGGCGGUAGCGACGACGCCACGAAAGAGGCAGUCCCUGACAUCGGCGCGGAUACAGACGAUGGCGGUGAUGCCGUUCAUACCGCGGUUGAAAACGAAGCGGGGGUGGAGAGUGAGGUCAAGACAGAACUGAUGAAGGUGGAAGACCACGUGGAGGACACCACGGGGGGUAAUGCUAAGGAGCUCAAGGAUGGCGAUGGCGGUACCGACAAAGCGGCCAUCCCUGAAACCGACAACAGCGCUACCAAGGCCCCAGACCAUCAUGGCGAGGGCGUUCUGUCCACUCAACUUAAGGAUAAGGAGGCAGUCGUGGAGAAGGGCGAGAAGCCGGUGAAGGAUGCGAAGGUGGAGGUCCCCACUGGGAUCUCAGAGGAGGCAGCCGAGACCGAACUCGAGAUGGGGAAGAUGAAGGAGGACGAGAUCACAGUGAAGGUCCCGACGACGGCCAAGGAAGAAAAGGAGGAGACGAAGGAAGAAAAGGAGGACAAGGGCCAGGGUGAAGACAACAUUUAA